AAGGGCGUCGACUUUCGACGGCUGCUGAAAGCGUUUCUCUCUCAGGACUACAAAAAGGACACAAACAACAAAUCAAACACACAAAAGUUCUCUUCAACCACCUUAACUAUCAUCUGGGUGUUUUAAAAGAACAGUGUUUAAAACGGAAUAACCGCCAUGUUCGUCGUGUUUGUGCUCCUCUGCCUGCAUGCAACAGGCCUGCAUGCCUUUACUGCCAGCUCUUCUACACCAACUGUGAUGGUCAAAGAGAACAAUGGAGCCGAUUUGAAAUGUGAAUACUCGGCUGACUUUGGGUCGGCUCCUCGAGUGGAAUGGAAAUUUAUGGGCCCAAAAGGAACUUCACAGUCUUUUAUCUAUUUUGAUGGGCAGAUCACCAAGCCGUUCCAAGGACGGAUGACUCAGUACCCUGGUGGCCUGAGAAUCGAAAAGGCAACCAGACAAGAUACUGGGGAUUAUUCCUGCGAAGUGUCUGGCAACUCGGGUUAUGCUGAAACAGUCAUUAAGCUAACUGUUCUUGUUCCUCCUUCAGUGCCUGUGAGCCGAAUCCCCAACUCGGUUACGACAGGCCGGAAUGCUUUAAUGACCUGCUUCGACAAGGAUGGUUCUCCUCCACCCACCUAUAAGUGGUACAAAAAUGGCACUCCCCUUCCUGAGGACCCCACAAAGUUCCCUGCAUUCAAGAACAUGACAUAUAAAAUGAACAUGCAGAACGGAAACCUGGAAUUUCCCAGUGUGACUAAGGCAGACGGUGGAAGUUAUUACUGUGAAGCCAGUAAUGGGCAGGGUGAUCCAAAACGUGGAGAAGCUGUAACGAUGGAUGUCCGUGAUCUGAACACUGGAGGCAUUGUGGCUGGAGUUAUCGUAGCCCUGCUGGCCAUUGCAUUGCUAUGCUUUGGCCUGUGGUAUGCCAAAAAGAAGGGAUAUUUGCCCAAAAUGUCUCAAAGCAAGCCGAAAACAACAGUGUACACCAAACCAGCAGGACAGGAUUAUGGGGAUGAGGAUGAUGGGGAGUUCAGACAGAAGCAGUCGUUUGUGGUGUAGCCCUGAUUUUGUACUGAUGCAGGUGAAGAGGGUCUUGUACAGUGUAAUGUCUGUUAGCUCUGGGAUGAUAAUUGUGUGUGUGUGCGUGCGUGUGUGUUGUUGUUGUUUUUUUUACCACUACUGGCCAUUCUAUCACCACUGAUCGUUUGUACUGACCCGUGUAGCAGUAUGUUUUGUAGAAUCAGCAGUUGCUCAUUAUGAAAAGGCAUCAUGGAUUGCUGAUGAUCAUAUCAUAUUUCCUAAUGAACAAGUAUAAAUCUUUUUAUUUAAUAUGGAAAAACAGGUACUGGAAUGACUGGACCUGCUUCAGUGGAUAUUUUCUGCUGAAUUAUACAAAAUCUAAACGUUUGGCCUUCUACAGAAAUACUUGUAUUCACUGGUUAUUCAAAUGUGUGAGUUUUAUUCAAAUGAGUUGUAUUUCCUUUUGAUUUUUACUUAACUAGUAUAUUUAUUAAGAAAAUGGGAAAAAAACUUACAGAAGGUACUCAAUAGCUUUAUCCUAUUUAAGUGAAGGAACGUCCUCUACUGUUUACGUAAUUAAAGAUUUUGGAUUUAAGUUUAACUUUGUUUUAGUUUAAAAGCUGUAAAUAUGUGCUUUGCCAUUUUUAAGUCAUUACCAUCUGUGCUCUUAAGCUAUUUAAUCAUGCUUGUGCUGUAAGUGACAGGACUGGUUGUAAUACAACAUUCUAUAUAAACCUGACUUUCUAAAGUCACUGUGAAAACUAAAAUAUAAACUAGUCUGAAUCUGAUUUACAGUAACACAUCUUGUAAUAAUGAAUUGUCUUGUUUGAUAUGAUAUGCUCAUGAUUUUUUUUUUAAUAAAUGCACAUUAAUGUU